AGGGGCCUCAGACCAAGACAGAUUUCAGGCACCAGGAGAAGAAGGCCAAGAGACUCUGGGCGAGUGUUUUGUGACAAAGGCAAAACCCCAGGUCUGCUUAGAGCGAGGAAGGUAAAGGAGGCAGCCAGGGGAGCCCCACACCCCCCCGACAGUAUGGAUUACAAAUCCGGCCUGAUCCAGGAUGGGAACCCCCUGGAGAACCUGGAGAAGCAGCUGAUCUGUCCCAUCUGCCUGGAGAUGUUUACCAAGCCCGUGGUCAUCUUGCCGUGUCAGCACAACCUCUGCCGGAAGUGUGCCAGUGAUAUCUUCCAGGCUGCGAACCCCUACUGGACCAAUCGAGGUGGCUCGAUGUCCAUGUCUGGAGGCCGUUUCCGCUGCCCCUCCUGCCGCCAUGAGGUGAUCAUGGAUCGUCACGGAGUGUAUGGCCUACAGAGGAACCUGCUGGUGGAGAACAUCAUUGAUAUCUACAAGCAGGAGUGCUCAAGUAGGCCCCUGCAGAAGGGCAGGCACCCCAUGUGCAAGGAGCAUGAAGACGAGAAAAUCAACAUCUACUGCCUCACCUGUGAGAUGCCCACCUGCUCUAUGUGCAAGGUGUUUGGGGCCCACCAGGCAUGUGAAGUGGCCCCGUUACAGAGUGUCUUCCAGGGACAAAAGACUGAACUGAGUAACUGCAUCUCCAUGCUGGUGGCGGGGAACGACCGCAUGCAGACCAUCAUCACUCAGCUGGAGGACUCCAGUCGCGUGACCAAGGAGAACAGUCACCAGGCGAAGGAACAGCUGAGUCGGAAGUUUGACAUGCUGUACGCCAUCCUGGAUGAGAAGAAGAGUGAGCUGCUACAGCAGAUCACGCAGGAGCAGGAGGAAAAGCUCAGCUUCAUUGAGGCCCUCACGCAGCAGUACCGGGAGCAGCUGGACAAGUCCACCAAGCUGGUGGAGACAGCCAUCCAGUCUCUGGACGAGCCUGGUGGAGCCAUCUUCCUCUUGAUGAGGAAGAGGAAGAGUACAUUGAAGAAGAAGGUCAGGAAGAGGAAGGGUCCACAGAGGGAAAGGAAGAAGGACACCAGUAAGGAGCUGGCUGAGGAAGAGACCCUCCAGAUGCAGAGAGACCGGGGAGGGUGGGGAUGGGCCCUGCCGCCUCGGUGACAGGCCCGGGGUGGGAGGGGGCGGGGCCCCAGGAGGAGGAGGCGUGUCUUCUCUCUGCUCAGAGAGCAAGGACUCCAGCCGCCCCCUGUGCCCCGCCGUCACUGAAGCAGAACUGGGAGUGCACUUGAAACCACCGCUGAGGACACUUUUCUACGUUGGUGCAAAAUAGAGUAUUUUGUACAUUUUUUAAAUGUGAUUUUUGUAUAUACUUGUAUAUGUAUGCCAAUUUGGUGCUUUUUGUAAAGGGACUUUUGUAUGAUAACGCCUGGUCAUCAUGUGAGUGGCGGCUGUUAGGCAGGGGGAAGGAAACCUGGGUGGCCCCGCCGCCCUCGUCCUCUCCCUGGCUGGGGGGGCUGGGCAGCACCCACGCACCUGGCAGGGGGGACAUGCUGUGCUCCAGUGCCUGUCCCUGACAGAGGGGGUGGAGACUGUUUGCGUUACAUGUUGUUCUAAUAAAUGCACAGCGCUCGCUCUCUUCCUGUUACUACCAAA